AUGCGUGGCUCUAUGUCUAUGAAUCCCCCGGAGGGCGGUCUUGAUGUCCCGAAUCCACGACGCAUUCGUCACAUCACGUCCAUUCAAGUCCGCAACCUAACUCCGUUCCCUAUCCGAGAUGCCUUUGCCUCCGCUCUCAAGCAACCUUCAGAGCAACCACAGUUCACGCCUCAGGGCCACUUUUCAGACGAUGUCGAUGUCACCAUAGGCAGAAAGCGUGCCCGAAAGAUGUCUUCGACGUCUAGUUUAGCAUUGAGUGGGUCCAAGAUUGCUGAUGAUCCUCCUCACGAGAACGGUAGCCCCGGGGAUUUCAGAAGGAGGGAUUCAUCGAGGGUGAGCGCGUCGAACACUUCCCAAUCCGCUGUCUCGUCUAGUCCUACAUCUGCAAGACGAACGUCCACCGUGCGUCCGCCAUAUCGUCAGCGUACAAUUUCUGUCGCAUCGUCAUCCUUUUCGUAUGACGGCGAUCUACGGGAAGUGAGCGCUCCAGGACGUGCUCCGGUCCCCGAUCUUCUGGUGGAUACUUCACAGACAGGUCUGGAGAAAGUGCUACAGAGCCGUCUAGUGGAGGCUUUCUUAACCAUCACUCUUCCGGACACUGCAUCUCCUGGGAGCAAUCUAGAUACCUCCCAUAACGCCCAGCAGGAGGGCUCCGCUAUCCAACCCCCACGAGCAUCGACUUCACAAGCAAACAUGAAAUCCUUGCCCAGGGAGAGAGCCUUGACAGCAGUGCGCAAGCCAGACUCCACAGUAAAUACAACUCCCAGGCGGUCCACUGUUACUUCGUCCGCCAAACCAGCUUCCCCGCGGCCUACAACUCCUUCCCGAUUGACCUCGAAUCCUACACCAUCACGAAGCGAGCACUCUACCAUGCACAACAAAUCACUGUCUAAAUCACCGUCCUUCACAAAUGGGAGGACGCUAAAAUCGCCGUCUACGCCACCGGCCCACAAACAACGGCUUCCCAUACCAUCCUCUAUGAAUUCGCCACCCCUUUCUCCGUCCAGCCUCAAGUCAGAACAGCUGACAGCAUCUGGUAGUUUAUCACCAAGACUGUCAUCGACGGUGGAUCUACCAUCUACCAGCACAGACGAACAGCUACAUGUACCAGACCAUAUCUCACCAAUACACAGACCGUCGACAAAUCCUACUUUCCGUAUUGACGCACGCUUUGGCGGAGAGUUUGUGCCCAAUGCCGACCUUUCUGGGUCCAGAAUGCGCUUGGAGGUAUGGGGGCAUGUUAAACGAGGUCUGGGGUGGGCGUCCGUAAGGGAGACAGACGCAAAGGGUAAGGGGAAGCAGCGAGAGCUGAAUGAACCUCGUGAGCUCGAGUGGAGGGUGCUGGAGGGGUGGGAUGUAGAUCUGGGAGACCUGGUACCAUUACCAGCAGAUCUUGCCUCUCACCCGUCACACUUGCCCUCGAACACCCUGCUGAUCUCACUUUCGCCUCCGGGCAAGACAUACUAUCUGCCUGUGCCUGCGUCUCACCUUCAUUCCCCGUUGCCGCCAAGUUUCAACUCGGGUUAUAGCUCAGAUCCUGAAUCGGGACCCAGGAAGGCGAAGGUCUCUGGAGAGGUCAUUCCUGGGGAGAACACCAGACAGGCGUCAGAACGCCUAGAGGACAAGGCGGAUGCCGAGGAACUAGAUGAGGCAGAAGAGUAUGCCUCGUCUAUGCGGAAGGGCAAGAGACGCACUGCCUCGUGGCAGGAUCUUCUUAGACUCAUUAACCUACAAACAUGUAUAAUCGACACCCAGCAGUCCCUCUCGGAGGUCGUGCGCGAAAUUGACAAGACAGUAACGCACCCUGGAGCAGGCACUCUGCACCGUGAAGUCUCGGAGCGCGCCGCUUGGGUAGGACAAUUGCACGAUGAGACGAGUUCUGUGCUCGCUGAAUCUGAGACGUUACGCGCCCAGAUAUCUGCGCGAAAGGAAGACCUACGACGGCGGCGGGAACUGCUCGCAUUAGCCCGCGAUGCAAAUGAGAGCGACUGCCGAGCCGAAGCUGAGCGAGAAGAGGACCUGGUAGAAGAGCGGCAGCGUCUCGAUCUUCUCAGAAGCCAGAUCGGGCCAAUGCGCAGCGUGCUUAUCACGACGCUCUCGUUCAUCUUCCCGAUCGAGCUUGUGUCCCCGCCUGAUCUGCUCUUCACCGUCCUGGAUGUGCCGUUGCCGAUUCCGCUCGCGCAGACGGAUCCUGCCCCCCCACUAUCACUGCCCGCGCACAAGGAAGUGACAGAGGAUGCGGUGGCAACCGCGCUGGGGUACGCGGCACAGGUUGUGCAGCUACUCGCAGCAUACAUGGGCAAGGGGCUCGUGUAUCCGGUAACAUGCGUGGGCAGUAGGAGCCUGAUCAAGGAUGGUAUCUCGGCCAUGGUUGGACCGAGGAUGUUUCCGCUAUUCACACGGGGCGUGGACACGUACCGGUUUGAAUACGGCGUCUUCCUGUUGAACAAGGACAUUGAAAUAUUGAUGUCUGACCGCAAUUUGCGCGCGCUGGACAUUCGACAUACCCUACCCAACCUCAAGAACCUGCUGCUGACUCUUACCGACAGCGAGGGCAAACGACCCCCACAGCGCUUCUCCAUGGCAUCGUCCGUGUCAAUCUCGUCGUUGCGAUCACCGAUCCUCACCGCGUCUUCACUCCCCACACCCAUCCCCGAUACUGCCGGCUCAUCCUCCAACGUCAAGACGUCAACCGCGCUGCAGCCGGAUGGCCUGCCUGCCACCGGCAGCGACGCACACGAGAGCGACUCGCCUCCUCGCAGCGGCGCGACGACGCCCACAGCGUCUACGCCCGAUCCGGCGGCGCGCAAGGCCCGUGCGUUCCUGGACCUGUCACCGCUAGCGGGCUUCCUGCGCGUCCGCUAUCCAUCAAGCUCGCGCCCGUCGGUUCGCUCGGUACCGGAGGUGCCAGAGAACGCGGCCGCGCGGGAUGCCGGCGCGGCAGGCGCGAACGGGGACGCGGUCCAGAGCACGUCCGGCGGGGACGCAGGCGAAGACGAGGAGGACCGGCGGACGAUCCGCGGGCGGUCCGACACGCUUCGCGGGCGAUCGGACACGCUGCUGGGAGCGCCGGAGGAGGAGGGGAAGGUGGGCGUGGACGCGGAUGUGAAUGCGAACGCGAACGGGGAUGGCAAUGUGCAUGCCGCCCACGGCAAUGGCGCUGCCGAGAAGCUCUCCGCGGAGGACGGGCGCGAGCACGACGCGCCGCCGCCGGGCGUGUUUGUGGGCGGGGUGAACUGA